CGCAGUUGUCAUUCGUAUUGGAGCGUCGUGGCUGCGAGGAUUUGCUUUUGUUCGGUAUUGCAAGGAUUCAGUGAUAAUUCGGUGGAAUGAAUAAUAGAAUGUCGCAAGGCAUUAGCCCGGCAAUGCCUCAGACCAUGAGCAAAUUGCCUGUAAGCGGGGGAUCGUUCAAAAGCUUUGCUCCUAUUAACAGCGGGGUCCCGACCCAGACAGGCUCUUCUGCAGCCGCGUCCGGAGGCUCAGCUCCGGCCCAUGUUCAGGAGUUCGUAAUCCGCGUGCCCAAAAACAUUCGUAAAAAGCACCACGUAAUGCGGUUCAAUGCCACCUUGAAUGUGGACUUUUCACAAUGGCGAAUGGUGAAAAUGGAAAGGGAAAAUAACAUGAAAGAGUUCCGCGGAAUGGAGGAGGAUACGCCAAAGUUUGGAGCAGGAUCAGAAUACAAUCGCGAUUUGAAGGAGGAAGUUCGUAGAAAAAAAUUCGGCAUCGUGGCGAAGAAAUACAAGGCAGAGGCGCAACCCUGGAUUCUGAAAGUGGGCGGGAAAACGAAUAAGAAAUUCAAGGGCAUUCGCGAGGGGGGUGUAGGUGAAAAUGCUGCGUUUUAUGUUUUCACGCAUGCGCCUGACGGGGCUAUCGAAGCGUACCCGCUGCAUGAAUGGUACAAUUUCCAACCGAUCCAGAGAUACAAGUCCCUUUCGGCUGAGGAAGCAGAGCAAGAAUUUGGCCGUCGGAAGAAGAUCAUGAACUACUUCUCCCUCAUGUUGCGUAAACGCUUGAAAGGCGACGAAGAGGAAGAGCAGGAUCCAGAAGAGGCGAAGGCCAAGGGAGCCGCGAAAAAGUCCAAAGAACUUAAAAUCAGUGACAUGGACGAGUGGAUUGAAUCGGAAGAUGAUUCUGACGGAUCCGAUGAGGAAAAGGAGAAGAAGGAAGAGGACAGUGACGACGACUCGAAGAAGAAAAAAGGCAAAAAGAAUGCGCCGGAAAAGAAGAAAAAGCGGGAAGUUGACGACGAAGCAUUUGAGGAAUCCGACGAUGGUGACGAAGAGGGUCGCGAGCUGGAUUACAUAUCAGAUUCAAGUGAAGAAGAGCCAGAUCCAGAGGCAAAAGUCAACAAGGAACUUACGUCAGUUGCUGAGGAGGAUGCACUUCGGAAGCUCCUAACAUCCGACGAGGAAGAGGAGGAAGAGAAAAAAUCAGGCGAGGAAUCCGAGAAAGAGGACGAAGAUAAAAAGAAAGAGCCAAAAGAAACCAAGGAAUCCAAGGAAAAGAAAAAGAAGAAGAAUAAAAAGAAAGGAAAAGAAGAGAAAAAAGGAAAACAAAACUCAUCGACUGACUCCAGUUCAGACAGCAGUGACUCAGAACCGGAAACGAAGAAAAGAAAGCGGGACACAAACAGCGCCAACAACUCGCGCUCAGCAUCACCGAGCUUAUCGCAAAGUGAAGCAUCGAAGCGUAAGCUUCCAACGCUCAAUGAAGCGACCACUUCCGAGAAUAGCAACAGUCCCGUUUCGACGCCAGCCAAGAAGCAGAAACUGGAAACACCAUCGCUGCCGGCCACAUUCGCCGGCGUUGUUAACGCAAACAGUAAAGAUGAUUUCGGCAUAACUGAAGAGGCUGUACGGCGAUAUCUUAUGCGCAAGCCGAUGACUGCUACAGAAUUACUAACCAAAUUCAAAAACAAGAAGACUGGAGUCUCGAGCGAACGUUUGGUUGAGACGAUGACCCAAAUUUUGAAGAAGAUCAACCCGGUCAAGCAGACCAUCCAGGGGAAGAUGUAUUUGAGCAUUAAAGUCAACAAAUAGCGCCAAUCAAAGUUGUGAUAUUAUAAAGUCUCUUCUGUAAAGUGAUUUUGUAUCAUAAUUGUAUAUGCAGUUUACGUCAAAUAAGAAUUACAUUAUUUUUUCUUAA